AUGGCGAAGAAGAAGAAACAGCAAAGGAACAAGGGAGCGAAGAAGGCUGAGCCGGCGGCGGUGGCAGCGGUGCCAGCCGAUGAGGAAGGUGUCAGUGGUGAUGUUGAUGCUGGUGUUGAUGUUGAUGCUGGUGUUGAUGUUGAUGCUGGUGUUGAUGUUGAUGCUGUGGAAGAAGUGACUACAGAGCCUGGCGAAGGGAAUGUCGAGCUGGUGCCCGAGACGACGGAACAGGAAGAGGCCUCUGUGAACCGUGAUGGUGAAGAUGAGUAUGGCCUGAAGGAUGACGUACACGUGAAGGAAGAGACCGUUAACGGUACAAGUGAACUCGACGAGGAGAAACACGAUGACAGAGAGGUUACGCUUGAGAUAGCGGAGGCUGAAGAGGAUGCUCAAGAUGACCGUGUUCAAGAACCAGAACCGGGUGAAGACGUCGAGGAAGAAGACGUAGUAGUGGAAGAGGAGCAAGAAGAAGCUAACGACGAGCCACAGCAUCAUGAUGAAGUCAUUGAGAUAAAGGAAGAGCCUCAAGAGGUUGAAGACACCACAGCGAACUCCCAAACUCCAAGCACAGGGCCAAAUAAACUGAUAUCUUCUACACAUGGGCCCUUUACUCUCUCAAGAAUCCGUUUGGAACUACCACAGCUGGGAUCACCUUCUUCCAUCACACACCAUGGUAAUAAUGUCAUAGUGGGCACAUCUCAAGGCUAUCUGUUGCUCUAUACAGUGGCUCCAGGCUCUAGACAGGAGUUCAUCUUGGUAUCCCAAGUCCAGUUUCAUCAAACUAGAAAUUUCCCCAUAACAAAGAUGACCCCUUUACCAAGUUUGAAUAUACUUUUGGUAUUAUCAGGUCAUCUAUUACAGUGCUUUGCACUCGAUGAUCUCAGCACCCUUUCAAUUGGAAGGAUUAAAGACGUUUUGGACAUGGCAUUAGAUUGGGAUCAUAGGGCUAAGUGUGAUGAGAAUGGAGUUCACGUGUGUAUUCUAACCAAGCAGCAGAUAAGGAUUGUGAACGUGACAAAACAGGCACUAAGGCUGGUUAAAGAUAUUAAAGCCAUAGCGAACGUUGUUGGUAGAAGAGGUGAUAAGUUGAUGAUCGCACAAAAUGAAUACAUGAUCAUUAACAUGGCAAAGGAGUUGAAUAAUCAAAACUCAUUAUUCCCCGUUAAUACUUCGGGAAUCGAGGAUCAUGAAUUGAAGCCUUUUAUCCAGGAUGUUGGGAAUGAUGAGUUCUUAUUGGUCUGUGGGACGGCAAAGUCUGAUCCUGCGAUGGGAAUGAUAGUCAACACUAAAGGUGAUGUAUCAAGAGGUACCAUACCUAUGCUACAGUACCCUGACGAGGUUAUCGUUCAUAAUGAAGGUGCAUUUAUAUCGGUUGGUAAUGAAAUUGAAUUGUAUUCAUUGGUGGACCAGAUGCAAAUACAAUCUUGGAAGUUCGAACAUCGGGUGCAUAUAUCAAAGUUGGAGUAUGAGCUUGAAGUUCCAGCAACUUCUUUAAGAGAUCUGAUAGUCUUGAAAAGUAUAUCUGGGGGACAGGGCGAGAGGGAUUCCAAAGAGCUAGAGUUUGCCACGAGAGUUGCACAAGUUGGCUCACAAGUACUAUUCUAUUGUGAUGAUCUUAUUUAUUUACUUGUUCCACAAGCAAGGCUGGAGAAGUUGUGCCAUUUGAGAGAUGUGAAGUUGUUGGAGAAAGAGCUAUCCAGAAGUAAAGCUACAACAGAAUUGACGGUUAUUGAGGUGGAAUUCUUGAAUUUACAGAUAUCCUUAUUGCGAUUAUUGACACACCACUACAACUCUGCUUUAGAGUCAUGGACCAAUGGUACUCUGGAUCCCAGAAUUCUCAUUGAAGCCUUUAACUUUCACUCUGUUGGUGAGGUAUACAUAUUUGCAGGUUUGCACGAGCUGUUUGAACAGCUUCAUACGAUGAUUAAAGAGACUGCACUGCUCACCUUUUUCGAAUUGUUCUUAGAGAAAUGGCUCUCCAAGGAUUCCCUUGAUGACCAUGAUGUUAUUGAGUCCGUAGAACGAACAGCACUGGACUAUCACUUGAAGUAUAAGACUAAUCAAUUGAAGGAUAUCUUAACAAGGAUCAAACACAUCGACGUUGCUCCCAUAUUAGAACAAGAGAGGGAAUUCUUAGCACUGGCGAGACUAUACAAUGAUAGAGAACCAGAGAGGGCCGUGACGAUUCAUAAAAGACUUGUUGAUGGUGAAAUUACAGACCAACAGUUUGAAAAGCAGGAGUCAUUACACAUCAUUUGUGAGUUAGCGAAGCCUUGCUCAGAAGAGUUUAGAAAAGACACUGGGCUCUGGCUGUUGAAACAUGAUGCUAAGCUUGCAAUUAGCUUCUUAAACUCUGCAAAGAUCUCUUUGAACUCUCUGGAUACUGGUAUGUCCAAAGAAGAGGAACUGAGACACGUUAUGGAUAGCAUCGACGACAUUGGAUUGAAAUGUUUGUUGGGCUCAGAAGAGAGAAAAUGGCACUGA